GAGCGGGGGGGGGUCCCCACGGGCGCGCUGCUGCUGCUGCGGCGGCGCUGAGGCCGAAGAGCGGCUGAGGAAGAGGAAGAGAGGAAGAGCGAGCGCUGCUCAGACCCAGAGGGCUCUGCGGGCAGCGGGGCGGGCAGAGCGCGGCGGCGGCGGCGGCGGCGGCUCCAUCACCGGCGCGCAGAAAGGGGAAGAGGAGGAGGAGGAGGAGGAAGGAAGGAAAGCAGGAAGGAAGAAGAAGCGCCGCGGCCGAGAAAGGCGGGGGGGCCCCGCGGGAUGGCCAUGGCCUGACCGAGCCGCGGCAGCGCUGCCCCCCGGCACAGCCGCCCCCAGGCCCCGGCACAGCCCCCCGCCCAUGGCGCGGUAGCGGCGGCGGGCGAUGCGGGAGCCGGGAGCACCGGGACCAUGCUGAGGACCGAGGCCGGCGGGGCCGGGGGGUCCCCCUCGGCCGGGGGCGCGGCGGGGGCCGGGGGGGGGCUGCGCAGCGCGUCCCCGCACCGGAACGCCUACGAGGCCACCAUCCAGGCCCUGGCUCCUACAAAGGAGGCCGACGGCGAGGACGGCAAGAAGAGCCGGGGGAAGAAGUAUGGCUCCAACGUGCAUCGGAUCAAGAACAUGUUCCUGCAGAUGGGGACGGCGCCCGGCCCCGAGGGCGCCUGCGACCUGGCCAAGGCCAAGGAGAAGCCGGUGCGCCUGUCCCUGCCCCGGGCCGGCAGCCUGGGCGACGGCGUGGACCAGGGCAGCCUCCUCAAGCUGGGCACCAGCGUCUCGGAGCGCGUCAGCCGCUUCGACUCCAAGCCCGACAAACCCUUCUCCAAGCUGCAGGAGACCCGCAAGAUCUUCGAGAGGAGCCCGCAGGAGAAAGCCAGCAGCACCAAGCUGCUGCUGCGCAAGGAGCGCGCCGGCUUCCAGGACCGCAAGCUGGACGUGGUGGUGCGAUUCAACGGCAGCACCGAGUCGCUGGACAAGCUGGAGGCGGACGCGGUGUCGCCCACCGUGAGCCAGCUGAGCGCCGUGUUCGAGAAGGCCGACCUGAGGAACAACCUGCACAAGGCGCAGGGCAGGGCGGCCGCGCCGCUCCAAGCCAAGGUGGUGGCCAAGAGACCCAGAGUCUUCGCGCCCGGCGCCGAGCCCGCUCGCCCCGGCGACGGCCACGCCAGCCCGGCCCGAGCGCGGCCGCAGGACGAGGAGAAGGCGGCGGGGAAGAGCGGGAGGCCGGCGGAGAAGGAGGCGGCGGCGGCGCCCAGGGUGCAGGAGGUGUGCAAGAUCAAACCCGUGGAGGUGGAGGAGAGCGGAGAGGGCGAGGAGGAGGAGGAGGAGGAGGAGGAGGAGGAGGAAGCGGCGGGUGAAGCGCUGCCCCAGCCCCAGGCGGCCAAAGGGGACGAGGGUCCGGCGGCCGCUGCCCCCCGGCCGGACGGGGCCGCGGGGGUGGCCGCGGGCUCGGAGGGCGUCAAGGGCGAGCGGGCGGAGGAGGGCGAUGGCUCCGAGGAGGCCAAGAAGGAGGAUUUCUCCGAGGCGGACCUGGUGGACAUAAGUGCCUACAGCGGGCUCGGGGAGGACUCGGGGGGCAGCGGGCUGGAGGAGGAGGAGGAGGCCGAAGGGCUGUACGAGCCCGAGUCGGGCUGCGUGGAGAUCCCGGGGCUGUCCGAGGAGGAGGAGCCCGUCCCCAACCGCAAGAUCCAGUUCAGCACGGCCCCCAUCCAGGUGUUCAGCACUUACUCCAACGAGGAUUACGACCGCCGCAAUGAGGACGUGGAUCCCAUGGCGGCGUCGGCCGAGUACGAGCUGGAGAAGAGGGUGGAGAGGCUCGACCUGUUCCCGGUGGAGCUGGAGAAAGACUCGGAGGGGCUCGGGAUCAGCAUCAUCGGGAUGGGAGCGGGGGCCGACAUGGGGCUGGAGAAACUCGGGAUCUUCGUCAAGACCGUGACGGAGGGGGGGGCAGCGCACCGGGACGGCAGGAUCCAGGUGAACGACCUGAUCGUGGAGGUGGACGGCACCAGCCUGGUGGGGGUCACGCAGAGCUUCGCCGCCUCCGUGCUCAGGAACACCAAGGGCCGGGUCCGGUUCCUGAUGGGCCGCGAGAAGCCGGGCGAGCAGAGCGAGGUGGCGCAGCUGAUCCAGCAGACCCUGGAGCAGGAGCGGUGGCAGCGAGAGAUGAUGGAGCAGCGCUACAGCCAGUACACCGAGGAGGAUGAGGAGACCGGGGAGUACGCCACGGACGAGGAGGAGGAGAUGAGCCCCAUGUUCCCCGGGGGCGACGUGGCCAUCGAGGUGUUCGAGCUGGCCGAGAGCGAGGACGCGCUGUCCCCCCUGGAGAUGGACCCCGAGAAGCUGGUGCACAAGUUCAAGGAGCUCCAGAUCAAACACGCCGUGACCGAGGCCGAGAUCCAGCAGCUCAAGAGGAAGCUGCAGGGCCUGGAGCAGGAGAAGGCUCGCUGGCGGGCGGAGAAGGCGCAGCUGGAGCAGAGCGUGGAGGAGAACAAGGAGCGCAUGGAGAAGCUGGAGGGGUACUGGAUGGAGGCGCAGAACCUGUGCCAGGCCGUGGACGAGCACCUCAAGGAGACCCAGGCCCAGUACCAGACCCUGGAGCGCAAGUACAGCAAGGCCAAGCGGCUCAUCAAGGAGUACCAGCAGAAGGAGAUCGAGUUCCUGAAGAAGGAGACGGCGCAGCGGCGAGUGCUGGAGGAGUCGGAGCUGGCGCACAAGGAGGAGAUGGAGAAGCUGCAGGAGAAGAUCUCCGAACUGGAGGCCAGGCUGCAGACCUUGAAAAAUUCCAACCCGACCUAAACCAACCCUCAAAGCGCCGCGACCCGGCCCGGGGGGGGCUCCCCUCCCCCACCCCGCCCUGCCCCCCCCCGCCCCUCCCCAGUGCCCUCCUGGUGCCCCCCGCCCCCCCGGGGGCACAGACAGCGGGGGGGGGGCUCGGGGGGUCCCCCCCGUUCGUGUCUGUGUCCAGUGUGAGUCUCGUGGUGACGUGAUGGACCCGGGGGAGGGGGCGCGGCCCCCCCAGCCCCCCCUCCCCUCCCCCAGCCCCCCGGACACUGAGGGGGGGGGGACACACACACAGGACAAUGUCCCCUCCCCCCCCCGCACCCCAAAUCUGAGCCCGCUGGGGAGCGCGGGGGGGGCACUGGGAGCCCCCCCAGACCCAGCUCCUGAUUUUGGGACUGACCGGAGCGCGGCCGGGGGGGCCCCCGGGCUCUGCCCCCCAAAACCCGCACCGAGGAUCAUCGCCAUGGGGGGGGACACCCCAAUGUCCCCCCUCCCUCCCAGUGCCACCAUCGCCCGCCGGGGGGACCCCUCAGCCUUCCCAGGGGGUUUGGGGGGGGUCCCAACCCCAUUGCGCCCCCUCCCCCAGGAAUGGGGGGGCUGCCCGCGCCCCCCCACCCCGCCAACGCCCCCUCCCCCACAGCCAGCCCGGGGUUUUCGCCUUCCCUGGGCGAGGGGGAGGGGGCACACACGGGGGGGUCCCCGCUGGGGUGGGGGCGACGCUCUCACCCCCUCACCUGUAAAUAUCCCCCCCCCCCAAAAAAAAAAAAAAAAAAAAAAUCACAGCAUUUC